UUUAGGACCAUGACGAGAGCGCUAUUCUCGAGCGUGCAACAGUGCAGCACUUGCGUGGGUCACAAUUUCAUGUAAAUAUUAAACGUUGGCUUUAUGGAUUUUCUCAUACUUGACCAACUGUAGUGUAUUUCACAGUUAGCAAGUUGUCGGAGAACCCCAUGAAUGGCUUUAUUUUGAAGAACUACAGCCCUCAUGGUGUACCUGCAGCCUUUCUACCCCAUAAAUUAAAUUCAUAUUCAAUGGAGUGGUACUAAAUGAUCCAAUCACAUUAUUGUGUUGCCUUCCUAUUUGGACCGUACAAUAGAUACGCUCUUGUUAUACGGAGGAGCUGGGAAUCUGAUGUAUUUUCCCCACAAUUGUCUUGCUCAAGUAUGUGCAGUACUAUUCUGUAAUGGCUAUGCAGGAGCCUGGCAGGACCAAAGGCUUCCCUUGCAAACACUGUGGCACAGUGUGCUCCAACAUGCCAAGCCUUCUGGAACACAUGGAUAGUCACUCCCAGCAAGAGGAAGAUCGCAAGUUCAAGUGCGAUGAAUGUGGGCGGGGUUACAGGCAUGCAGGUAGCCUCGCUAACCAUAAGAAAACACACGAGUUGGGUUCUUUUCAAUGUCCAGUAUGUGCUAGGAAGCUCUCAAACCCUCUGGCCCUGAAGAGCCAUCUGCGCAUCCACACAUCUCAGAAGAAGUACUCCUGCAUGGAUUGCGGGAAGGCCUUUAGGUUAGCUACUCAGCUGGCCACCCAUCAAAAGGUCCAUCUAUCCAGGCAGUCAAAGAGGAGAGCCGGUAGGAGGGCAGCUGCAGAAUAUUCUCCCAUUGAGAAUCGAGAUGAAAUUGAGGAUAAUGAAGACCUUCAUGAGCAGUUGGUCUUUGUGGCUGACCAGCAAGACACAAGGAUGGAUAUUAUAUCUGAUAAUGGCCUUAGUCAGGGGGGGGCAGAGAUUAUCCCCAUCUCAGCACAUUACAGUGAAAAUCUAGGCUCUGAUGAAGCAGGGGAUCGACCUUUCAAAUGUGAUCAGUGUGAAAAGUCAUAUAGACACCAUGGAAGCCUGAUCAAUCAUAAAAAGUCUCACCAAGUAGGGAUGUUUGAGUGCCCUAUCUGUUUUAAACAGUUCAAUAAUCUUGCUGCCCUCCAUAGUCACCAGAGAACCCAUAAGUCCAGAAGUGGGCCAGAUACCCAUUCCACGGAAGUCACUUACACAGGCACAGCACAAGAGCAGUUUUCACCCUCAAACAGAGAGGCUGCUGUACAUUUCUGCCACCUGUGUCAAGUGAUGUUUCCUAAUGAUGAUGAGUUCCAGGAACACAUCCAAAUGCAUAAUUCUUCCUCUAUGUCAUUUGGGCACAUUCAAAGUUCAUCUGAGGGUUAUCAUGGCACUUAUGACCAUAGUGUCACUCAUUCUCCUGACUCAAACUUUCAUUCACCCCCUCUAAACAAUACUCCAUCGAUGGAUAAUCAGGGGGAGCAGAUCAACGAUGUUCAAAUAUACUCUGACCACUCCAGUAACGAAUCCAUCUUGAACACUCAGCAAGAGCCCUCAAUCUUAGAUUCUGAGAUUUCUGCUGACGAUCUAGGGAAGGCAGAACAGUCCUCAGUUACAGAAAAUGUUGAGCGGCGCUUCAAGUGCCAGGUCUGUGGCAAAAGCUACCGGCACGCAGGGAGCCUCAUCAACCACAAGCGGUCUCAUCAGACGGGCAUUUAUCAGUGUUCCAUCUGCCGCAAGACUUACCCACACAUGGCUGCCCUCCGCAGCCACAUCCGCAUCCACAGGGCCCAUCCGUCCUCCUUCAACCUCAGCUCUGAAGGAGACUGGCUGUCUACCGAGCCCCUGACACUGGAGAACCAGCAGGCCUGCUUUUCCUCUCAGGAUGGUGAUGCUAGCAGUAUGAUGGCGCUCGCUCAGGAGACCAAGGGUGAACACGACAAUGGAGGAUCAUUCCACGAGCAGUUUGACUCCACCUUUCCCCAGGAAAGAACAGUGCACCUACCUCACGACGAACACCUGAUGGAGAGGCACAUGUGCGCCGACUGUGGCGAAACAUUUGCAGACAUCGCAGGGAUCAAGUCGCACAUAUGCCCCCAGCUACAACAGCAGCAGGAGGCCAUGUCAAAUGAUUGUGACAGUAACCUAACCUUCCAGGACACAAAUGGCCAAUGCUCCAUGGGAAAUCCAGGGGAUCAUGUAACAUUCCAGGGACUGAAUGGCAGCCCUGGGCAUAGGUACUUUGGUGAACACAACUUCCAGGAAGUCGUGAAUGGGGAGCAGUUAAACGGUGGUGAUGGCGAGGAGGAUGAUGAAGAUGAUGACGGUGAGCUCUAUCAGUGCUCAGUGUGUGGGAACCGCUACACAAGCAUGAGGGCUCUGAGGAGUCAUCUUCGUGGCCACACUCAAUCCCAUGACACUCCUACAAGCUCCGGCCCCUCCUCCAUGUCCUCCCUCGAGGCUGAAAAAGAGGAGGAACCUGGAGAGAGACAGCAGGUGGAUGGGGGUCUGAUGAUCUGCAGUACUUGCGGAGAGAGUUUUGCCAAGAAGCAGGACAUGCUUGCCCAUCAGCUCUCGCACCAUAAAGCACAGGCAGAUGACGCUAAACACGUACAUAUGGACAAUAGUAAUGGAGCUAGGCACAAAGAGGAAGUUGACAGCAUCAUCUGUGGAAAUUGUGGUACAUUUUGCACCAGUUACCAUCAUCUUGAGACACAUCAAUGUACAGCAAAUGGGCAAAGUGAAUCUAGUAAUGAGAGAACUGAAAUGGGCAACUCUGUCAAUCGUAAAGAAUUAGGACCCAUGAAAGAGGAUUUAGACAAUGGUGAUCGCCAGUACAAGUGUGAUCAGUGUGGAAGAGCAUACAGACAUGCUGGCUCCCUUCUCAACCAUAAAAAGUCCCACAAAACGGGAGUAUUCCGCUGCAUGGUUUGCCAGAAGCGCUUCUACAAUCUACUGGCCCUUAAGAACCAUCAAAGGACCCACUUUGAUGUUAAGAGGCAUACUUGCAAUGAAUGUGGGAAGGCAUUCAAGAUACAGAAGCAGCUAUUGAACCACCUAAGAAUUCACAAGGAGAACAAGGCCAAAAUACAGGAGCUCAACAAUCAGAUUCAGGCCCUCAUGCAGAUGAAUGGUAACGGGUCAGAGGGAGGAAUGCACUCGUUAAAUGCACCUGCCAACCAAGCCGCCACCACCACCCGCAGAAAGCGUAGACCAACCGUCAACCUAAAGAAACCCAGUGUGGGGGAAGGGGCUCUUACAGCGUCUCAGAUUGAGGUCAAAUCAGAGGGGGCAGGCGACCCUCGCCCCUACUCCUGUGACCAAUGUGGGCGAACGUAUCGACACGCAGGAAGUCUGGUCAACCACAAGAACUCUCACAAGACUGGUGAAUACUACUGUUCUGUUUGUAACAACACCUACUCCAACCAACUGGCUAUGAAGAACCACCUGCGCAUCCACUUCUCAGUCAAAAAACACAGUUGCCAACACUGUGGUAAGGCCUUUAGGGGAAAGAAGCAGUUGUCUAACCAUAUUUGCGCACACCUCCGAAAGGAUAUGCCUGGGGGGGUCAGGGGAAGUGGUCGCAGACGCGCUAGAAACAUUAAAUGUAAGCAGUGCAGACUGACAUUUGUAUCGGCAGACCAGCUCACAGCCCAUACCUGUGGGUCACUGGCAAACUCAUCAGAGGGCAGUGAUGGACAAACUAGCAUGUCCUUGAAAAAAGAGGAGCGACCAUUCACCUGCAACAUCUGCAAUCGCAGCUACCGCCACGCAGGCAGUCUCCUGAAUCAUAAAAACACCCAUAAGUCCGGCCACUUCAGCUGCACGUUCUGCUCUAAGCCCUUCUCUAACCCCAUGGCGUUACGCAACCACACACGAAUUCACACACAGAAGAAGAAGCAUGUCUGCCUGACCUGCGGGAAGGCGUUUCGGCUGGCCAGUAUUCUCCAUAACCACCAGAAAGUCCACACCAGGGUGGCCAGUCACUUCAGCUGCCCAGACUGUGGCAAGAGUUUCCAGGGCAAGUCUGGGCUGAAGAGGCACCGCUGCCAGAGCAGGGGUCAGGAUGACUCGGCUAAAGCUGGUGACAGCUAUCACAGAGAUGGUGGUGGAGACAAGUGCUUCAUGUGUGACCUGUGUGGACGCUCAUACCGCCACUCUGGCUCCCUGCUCAACCAUAAAAAGACGCACUCCGAAAACCUCCACCACUGUACCUUGUGCCUCCAGACUUUCCCCGACCCCAUCGCCCUCCAUGUCCACUCCCAGAUGAAGCGCCACUGCUGCCCAGACUGUGGCAAGACCUUCUGUCUCGUCUCCCACCUGCAGAGCCACAUGGAGGUGCACUCCAAGGAACGCACCCUGGUCUGCAGUCCCUGCCAUCAGAGCUUCCCCAACCCGGCCAGCUACCAGCAACACCAGGACCUGCACCACCGGGCCCAGGGGCAUUACCAACAACACAGCAUGCAAUUAAAGGACAACCUAGGCUGGGGCUCGGAACUGGACCAACCCGUGGGGAUCCAGGGCAUGCCCAAGCUGAUACCGGCGUUUGCCCACAUGCACGGGGGCAUUGCCCGACCCUCAGGACCAGCAGGAGAGCAACGAGGCUCACUGCACAGGGGUGAAGAGCCACGUGUGCGAGCACUGCGGCCGCACCUACCGCCACGCCGGCUCCCUCCUCAAUCACAAGAACAGCCACAAAACGGGCUCCUUCUUCUGCUCCGUGUGCCAGAAGGAGUUCACUAACCUGAUGGCCCUGAAGAACCACAGGCGCAUCCACACAGAGCCCAAGCGCUACCAGUGCCUGGAGUGCGGCAAGGCCUUCCGCGUGUCCACCCAGCUCAUCUGCCACCGGAGGAUGCACACCAAAGAGAAGCCUUUCUCCUGCCUGCUGUGCGACAAGAGCUUCUCCAGCAAGUCAAAUCUGCGCCACCACCAAAAGAUGCACCAGAGUGGUGCCCAGGUUUAUGAGUCCUCCUUCAGCAUGGAUGCUAACAGUUUCAUGGACUUGGACAUGGGCUCUUUUCUCUGAGUCGAGUCGGGAUUCAAAAGGUGAGAGUUUUCUUCAACCCCUCAGACCAUUGUAGAGUCGAAUACUUAUAUUAGUCUCCCCUGGGCCCCUAUCAGUAAUUGUAAAGUGACGGGUGUUCCUCAAAGCCCCAGUAGAGACAGCGUUUAGUCUUGAUGCUGAGCUCUUCAAAGCUGCCUCACAAACUUUUCAUUUUUUUUUUGUUUUGGUCAUACACUUUUGGACUCGUGGAAGGAAUUCUGAUCUUACCUCUAGUAGGGAUUGUGACACUAAAAAGUCCCAGAUUGGAUUGAAUGUUUGCACAAAGCCAUUGAAUCGUUUAGCGCUACAGGAGUGAGGACUAUAGGACAUGAUUUAUUUCCUCUUGCUAUCUAUUACUGUGUUUUGUGCCUCCGUAGGUUAAUUUCUCUGCUGUGCUCAUCACAAGUGUGGGCUGUAUAUUUGCCCUUGAAUCCUGUUCAGUGUUGCCAUAGGUUAGAGAUGUGGUCAAUUGACCUUUUGUGAUGUGGUUUCAAUAAGGACAACCCUGUCGCUUUAAAGGAGAUGACCUCUAGUCCUACCCAGAGGAUGAUAUCAAAGGUAUUUACUGAAAUCAUGAAAUCAAAUAUAUGGUUUUAAUAAUGAUAAUAUUUGGGUUCAUGUUUGAGGCAUUGUAUGCUAAAUGGACGUAUUUAAUAAUUUAUUCCUGUUCUUUUCAUUUAUUUUUCUGUGUAUACUUUGAUAGAUCAGUUUUCAAUUAAUGUUAACAUGUAAAGAGAACAUUGACUCUUAAAAAAAAAAAUACUAUGUAGCGUCUAUGGAAAUUCCUCAAUCUAUAAUUCCAUUAUUCUCAAUUGGUGCAACUCCAAUACAGGUAGGAAUGCAUAAACCCAGGAUAAUGGUCCUGAUGGCACUCAGGUUUUUCAUCUUUAAACGGAAAAUAUCUGACGUGCAAAGCAUUGUAGAUGAUCAUCGGUGUCUGGGUUGGGCAUGGCUUGUUUCUUUUUUACAUGUGCCAUUUCUCACCCAUGUCUUGUUAAAAUAAGAAUUGUAGCCUUUUGUCCAUAACCCCCCCCCCCACACACUUUUAAAAAUUGCAUGAAUGUUGCAAUACCAUACGCAUGCUUUUGACUUCUCAAACUUUUAAAAACUACGUUUGAGUGCUAGUUCUUAAAAUAUAAGUCAAAAGUGUAGCAUUAUUGUGGCGUGAAAUCCUAGUCUCCUAUUUCUCUCAUUUUAAUGGUUUUAUUUUAUUUAUGUUGAAAUGGUAUUAUGGAUUAUUUUAUAACUUUGAAAAUGUGGAGAUGAAUCUACGGAAACUUGUUCUAACCACUCACCUAUCACAAGCUUUAAGUGUUAGCAAAGUCAAUAUCGUUGGUUGCUAACUUCAACCAUGUUGACCUCAACGUUUAUCAAGAAGCAGGUGUUGAUGACCACUAUUUUGCGAAAUGGUUUGGUGUCUUUGGAAUCAGCAAUUUCUGGUCAUAACUUAACCUUUACAUAAACGUGCAAUUAUCUUUGGUUUACUAUUCCUACCAGAAAAAGUUUAGAAAACAAUAAGGUGCCUAUCAUACACACAACAGUUAUUUUUCAGUCA